GUUCCUGGUCCGGAGUAGAUUCACGUGUUCAAUACAUUACAAUGGCAACUAUGUCGGACACCCUGGCCACAAUCCCAGCUGUAAAGAUUGAUGAAGGCACUUUUAAGUACAUUUUGGUCCGAGUGAAAGUGAAAGACGGUGACGAGUACAAAGAUAUUGUCCGCGGCACAAAAAGUGCAGAGUAUCACAGCCAUAUUUUUGAGGAGCUGGUGCUUGCCAUGGAGGCCUUGGGUAUGGAGUGUGAGUGCCUCGGCGGAGGGAAGAUAGAGCACAACAGUCAAGCGAAGACAUUAAGGGUGUAUGGAGAAUCCACUGCUUUCGGCAAAGCAGACCAUUCCUUGUCAGCAGAGAAGUUAAAGAGUGUUUUCGAUGACUAUGAGAUCGCCUGGACGAUCACAUAAAAUGUCUUCUCAUGUGCACUCAUUAAAGUAAUUAAGUUAUCAAAAGGC